AUGGCCGCCGACGGCAGCACCCAGCCGGACUCCUCGAUCCAGGCCGCACUGCAAGGCGUGCCAGAAUUCCACCCGCGCACGCGCGCCAUAUCCGCCUCGAUCGAUCCCGUCGCGCUCGUCGUCACAGAAUGCAUCACCGUCACCUCCGCCAUGCGCAAGCAUGCGCGCUGGGCCCAAUCUUCCGUGUCCGCCAUCUUGGGCGGCGGCGCCGCGAAGCCGCUGGCAAUACAGCGCAUCGAGAAGGGCGAGGGAAACGCCGCCAGCAUAAAGCUGGGCUCCGGCGACGAUGCCCUCGCCGGGCGAUGGGGGCUCCGCGGCAAGAAGGGGAGGAGCAUGCAGGACAAUCCCCUUAUGUCAGCCUUCACGCGUUUGCGAAGUGACUUGAAGGGCUGCAAUGACAUCCGCAGCUUCGACACGCCCGCCUUGCUCCAUCCGUUCCUGCAGGUCAUCCGCUCGUCGUCGACCUCGGCUCCCAUAACCUCGCUGGCGCUGAUUGCGAUCACGAAGUUCCUCUCCUACAACAUCAUAGGCCGCGAUUCGCCUCGCCUGCCUCUGGCUAUGCAACUACUUUCCUCCGCAAUCACACACUGCCGCUUCGAGGCUACUGAUACCGCAGCGGACGAGAUCGUGCUUCUGCGGAUAUUGAAGCUUAUGGAGAACAUGAUUUCCGGCCCGGCUGGCGAUCUAUUGAGCGACGAGAGUGUUUGUGAAAUGAUGGAGACCGGAUUGAGCAUGUGCUGCCAAAUUCGACUUUCCGAGGUUUUGCGGCGGUCUGCAGAGAUUGCCAUGGUCACCAUGUGCCAGGUGAUUUUCGAGAGAUUGAAGCAUCUUGAAAUUGAGGCCGGUGACGACCCGGGAGCCCUCGAAGAGAGUACCAAGGAUGAUAUGGAUGCCGUCAAAAUGGACCCAACAGCAAACGGGGACUCCUUAUCCGUACCGGGGAGCGUGCCUGAAGCAUCACGAUCCUCAACAAGUUUGGAGAAGACGCCAGAUGGCAGUGAGGAUAACGGGAAUCCCAACGGCAGCCAGCUGCACCUUCCGCUUGUAGAGGAUGAGUCUGAAGAAGAGCAAGUCAUCAAGCCGUACUCGCUCCCAUCUAUACGGGAGCUUUUCCGCGUUCUGGUGGAUCUCCUGGACCCUGACGAUCGACAACACAAUGACACCAUGAGGAUCAUGGCUCUCCGGAUCGUCGACGUCGCGCUCGAGGUUGCUGGGCCUUCAAUUGCAAGCCACCCGAGCCUUGCAUCCUUGGCAAAGGACACUCUUUGUCGGCACAUUUUCCAGCUUGUUCGGUCGGAAAAUAUUGCGGUGCUGAACGAGUCGCUGAGAGUAGCAUACACUCUUUUGGCAACUUGCAGGGGCGUGCUGAAGCUCCAACAAGAGCUUUUCCUUUCCUACCUUGUUGCAUGCUUAUUCCCUCGCGUUGACAUACCCCAGGAAGCUGGUAUCGACCCUGCACUCUAUGAAGGUGUUCCUCAGGCCCCCAGUCUAGUCAAACCUGCGCCCCAGCCGGGAUCAAGCAGUGGCCGAUCUACUCCUGUGCCGGUGAAGGACAGGCAAAGGCUUGGGUUGGAAGGUGGCGCCAGGAAGCCCGAUGCAAGAGAGGCAAUGGUGGAGAGUGUAGGAGCUCUGUGCAGGAUACCUUCCUUCAUGGUCGAGCUGUUCGUCAAUUACGAUUGCGAGAUCGAUCGGAGUGACUUGUGCAUGGACAUGAUUGGACUGUUAUCACGGAAUGCUUUCCCGGACUCUGCCACAUGGAGUACAACCAAUGUACCCCCGCUCUGCCUUGAUGCUCUCCUCGGGUUUAUCCAAUUGAUAGCGGAUCGACUGGAAGACGAACCGCGGACAGAAGGCUUCCCAGAUGCUGCGCAUUUGGUGAAACAGAGAGAGCAGAAGAAGAUAAUUAUCCGUGGCGCCAAGAAGUUCAACGAAAAGCCUAAGGCCGGUAUCGCUUUCCUUGUGUCUCAGGGGAUCAUUGACAACCCGGACAAUCCGAAGUCGAUCGCAAAUUUCAUCAAGGGAACGACAAGGUUGGAUAAGAAGGUGCUGGGCGACUUUAUCUCGAAGAAAGAAAACGAAACGAUACUGGCCGCCUUCAUGGAAACAUUCGACUUCAGCGGCCAGAGAGUUGAUGAGGCUCUGCGCCAGCUCCUCAACACUUUCCGCUUGCCAGGAGAGUCGCAGUUGAUUGAGCGGAUCGUUACCGAAUUUGCCGAGAAAUAUUGCGGCGAAUCGCCUCCAGAGGGCAUUGCGGAUAGAGAUUCCGUUUAUGUGUUGACAUAUGCCAUCAUCAUGCUGAACACCGAUCAGCACAACCCGAAUCUCAAGGCUCAGAAGCGUAUGGCGCUGGAGGACUUCGCACGGAACCUACGCGGAGUCAAUGGGGGGCAGGACUUUCCGAUCGAGUAUCUCGAGGAGAUCUACAACUCUAUCAAAACAAGAGAAAUCAUUCUUCCGGAGGAGCAUGAUACCAAGCACGCCUACGACUACGCCUGGAAAGAGCUUCAGAUGAAGGUCCAGUCAACCACGGAUCUCGUCAUUUGUGACACCAAUAUCUUCGACGCAGACAUGUUCGCUGCGACGUGGAGGCCAAUUCUUGCAACACUAUCUUUUGUGUUCAUGUCGGCAUCGGACGAUGCUGUGUUCUCACGCGUUGUCACUGGUUUCUACCAGUGCGCUCAGAUUGCGGCAAAGCAUGGGCUGACCGAGUGUAUUGACCGGAUCGUGUUUUGCUUGAGCAAAAUUAGCACUUUGGCGCCGGAUGUGCCCCCUAGCACAUCUUUGAACACAGAAGUCCAGGCUGACAAGAAGAGCGAGAAGAUCAUGGUCAGUGAGACGGCUGUUCGUUUCGGCCGUGACGACAGGGCACAGUUGGCUACUGUCUUGCUUUUCCGUAUUAUUCAUGGCAAUGAAGCCCAUGUCAGAGAUGGGUGGAACCACCUCAUCCGUGUUAUGCUCAACCUAUUCAUCAACUCCCUGAUACCCUCGUCUUUCUCAUCGAUAUCCAAUGCUCUCGAGCUACCUCCCAUCCCUCUUCAAAACCCUGCACAGGUCAUCGACAGAGAACAGAGGCAAAAUGAAACCAGUCUCUUCUCUACCUUCGCUUCGUCCAUUUUUAGCUUUGCGAACGACGAGCCGCCGGAGCCAUCAGACGCGGAGAUAGAAUACACGCUUUGCACGAUAGAUUGCAUCAACUCGUGCGAUUUCCCAGGCGUCUUCGCAAAUAUCAGCCGCAUGCCCAUUGAUGCUCUACAGUCGAUCUUGGAUUCACUCCUCGCUCAGAUACCCGAGGAUUCCUCGCCUCGCGUCAUCACUGUGAAGCCUGAACUGCCAGCACCAACUCCCAUAAGGCCAAACGGCAACAAGGCCCGGACUCAAGGCCCGCAGUAUGACCCAUCUCUCGUCUUUGCUCUUGAGCUGGCAACGGUCAUCGCAUUGAGAGAUGCCGAGGCUGUCGAGAAGCUUGGAAAGAGCGUCGCAGAUGCACUGCAGACGGUGUUGCGUGAUAACAAUGUGCACCCGGUCGUGCUGUCGCGAACGGUGUACUAUCUGCUCAAGCUGCUACGCGAGAGCAACGAUCACGAUUACAUUCGCGCUCCGGUGAUCCUGCAUACUUUUGUUACUUUCAAUCAAGACCUUUUGAAGCAAGUUGCACCGACUCUGCUCAAGGGCUUGUUGGAUUGCAUCAAUGGACCUGUCGGCCUGCGCAAUGAGCUGGUCAACUCUCCCGACUUUUGGACUCUUUUGCGCACGCUCCACACUUCGCCGGAAGUCGCGGCCGACGUUUUCCAGGUCGCUGAGAAUCUUACUCUCUCAAACCCUCCAGGUAUUUGCGCAGAUAACUACGAGGCAGUAAUAGCGUUGCUCAACGACUUUGCGACUGCGGGAAGCGCCGGCGCGAUCGAAGAGCAACGUGGGGACGCCGCGAGACGGAGAGGCAAGGGGGUGAAACAGAAGAAGACCCAAACCAACGAAGUCGUUCUUCGUGGCUCGAAGGCCAUGAAUAUCGUCCUUCAGCUCACCAGCCGCGUUCCCCAGUUCAUCGAGCAGUCCCAGCUUGAGACUAACGAAGCUUGGAACGCAUACUGGUCACCUAUCUUCCAAUGCCUCACUAAUCAGUGCCUGAACCCGUGCCGAGAGAUCAGGCAUCAGGCUCUUGGAUCGCUGCAAGGGACGCUUCUCUCAAACGACCUCGCCUCACCCGAUCAUAAGGAAUGGACCAAGAUCUUCGGCGAGGUGCUCUUCCCGCUCAUCAAUCAACUACUCAAGCCCGAGACUUACCAGAGCGAUCCCGGCGGUAUGGGUGAGACGAGAGUGCAGGCUGCCACGCUGCUCUGCAAAAUCUUCCUGCACUACCUCGUAGCACUUUCCGAGUGGGAUGGAAUGCUGGACCUCUGGCUCAAGAUUCUCAGCAUCAUGGACCGGCUGAUGAACAGCGGGCAGGGCGACAACUUGGAGGAAGCGGUUCCAGAAUCUCUCAAGAAUAUCUUGCUGGUCAUGUCCAGCGGUGGUUACCUAGCAUCGCCCGACGAAAAGCCCGAGCAAGAGGAACUAUGGCGCGAGACGUGGACGAAGCUCGAUCGAUUCCUACCUAAUCUUCUGCCAGAACUCUUCCCAGAAGAGGCGGAGAAGAGGAUGAAGAGCAGCCAUCAGAAGAGGUUGAGCGUGGCGCAGACGAGCGCGAGGCCGAGCGUUGAUGCAAGUGCAGCUGCUGCGGCGGCGGCGGCGGCGGCGGCCACAGCGGAAAAGGAAAAUGAGGCAGAGGGUGAAGAGAAGAAGGUGGAGGAGAAGGGCGAGGCUGAGGCCGAAGGUGAGGUCGAAGCUGCGGCAGAGGGCGAGGAUGCGAAGGCAGAAAACUUGAAGGCGGAGUAG